CACCAUUAUUAUGUCGUUUGCCCGUCAUUAAAAUUGGGAUAUUUCGCGGAUUUACAGUCUGCGACGGCAGCUGUCGCGGAUUAGCGAUUUCCACCAAUUGGCAGGUAGACGCCCGUAGUCCUUAGCGAUCCUUAAUUCGCCAGGUAAAUCCUUUGAGCUUCUAUAAAAUCGCGGCGCGCAGCUCAAGCAGCAUCAGUCACAUCGCAUCCAGCAAGUGAACAACAAGUCACCAAGUGUUCCUCAUCGCAACCAGUCAGUGAAAAAAGUCACCAAGUUUCCAAACCGUGAAAAAAGUCACCAAGUUUUCGAACCGUGAAAAAAAUCACCAAGCUUCCAAGCCGUGAAAAGUCACAAAUUUUCCAAAUCGUGAAAAAAGUCACCAAGUUCCCAAACCGUGAAAAAAGAUACCAAGCUUCCAAGCCGUGAAAAAAAUACCAAGUUUUCAAACCGUAAACAAUUAAUAAAAAAAUAAAAAUAUGAAGAGUGUUCAAGUGAUCCGCCUGCAGCCUGAUGAGUGGCAAACUCAUGAUGCCGGCGAAUUAGACGCAGCUGCCGCAUUGCUUAUGCUGCGCUAUCAGUACAACAUCAAGAUCCAAAGAGUUGGUGCUACAACUGAAGAUUCCGACGAUACGAAGCCGCCAUCGCCAGCUCCACCGCCGCCACCGGCUCCGGUGACAGCCACUGUCGUGGUGCCCAAGGCAGGCAUCUCUGCUGCAGCCGUCAACAACAACGGGAACGCAAAGGUAAUCUUGGCGGGUAAACCAAAUCUGGUCAUCAUAGCCAAGCCAAAAGCAGCCACGGCUGCUGCACCAUCCAAUAUGGUGGUUAUCUCCAAGCCAAAGGCAAUCAUUGCUCGCCGAGCUCUGCCGGCUGCUACUGUCAAAUCAUUCCCAGCUUGUGGUCCGAAACCAACAACAGUUGCUGCUCUCAAGCUAUCUCCAAAGGCUGCUGCUGCUGCUAAGACAAUUACAGUUGCUGAUUUUAAGCAAGCUAUGAUUACUGGUGCCAAAAUAAUUCCAGUUGCUGUCCCUAAGCACAUUACAAUUGCUGGUCCCAAGCCAGUUCCAGUUGCUGCUCCUAAGCCAAUGGCAGUUGUUGCUCCCAAGACAAUGGCAGUUGUUGCUCCCAAGCCAAUGGCAGUUGCUGCUUCUAAACCAAUGGCAGUUGCUGCUCCUAAAGUUGUGCCAGUCGUGGCAACCACAUCGGCAGUUACUGCUCCCACAGUUAUUACAGUUGCUGCUCCUAUUGCAUUGCCAGUCGUCGCCUCCACAUCGGCUGCUGCUGCCGCCAAAGCAGCUGAACAGGACUACACUACACCCAAGGAUCAGAUUCGUCCAGCUGUCAAGGUCGCCUCAUCGCAGCCGCUGAAGAAACGCGCUUUGCCGCCGUACUUGCUGCGUUACGCCAUGACUCCAGACUGUGCCACAACUGUGACCGACAACAUCAACACUACUCAAGCUGCUCCCAGCACAUCUCAGGCUGCUGCUAUCACUGAGAUUCAGACUCAAACUCAAGCUGCUGCUACCACAUCUCAGGUGGUUGUCACCAUUGCUCAGGCUGCCAACACAACUCAGGCUGCUGCUCCAGUUGUUGCUGCUCCGAUUGCUGCUGCUCCGAAGAUUGCUUCUGCUCCGAUUGUUGCUGCUCCGAUUGCUGCUGCUCCGGUUGCUACCACAUACCACGUUGCUACCAGGAAAUCUGUGGCUGCUGCUGCUGCCAAGACCCAGAUUGCUGCUGCUAAAACUCAGAUUGCUGCUACCAAAACUGAGAUGGCUGCUGUCAAAACUAAGAUUGCUGCUGCCAAAGCUAAGGUUGCUGCCACCACCACUAAAGCUGCUGCUGCUGCCAAGCCAGCUCAGGCUGCCGCUAGCACAUCUCGUCGGGCAAGCACUUCUCUUCCGGCAUCUCGUGCCGCUUCUCGCGCUGCCUCUCGUGCUGCCAACGCUUCUGGAUCGGCCAGCACUUCUCGUGCCCCAAGCACUUCUCGUGCCCCGAGCACUGCUCGUGCUGCCACAAACGGCACACGUGCCACUGCCGCUGCCGUGGUCAAGGCCAAGGACAAGGUGCAUGGCAAUGAGUGCAACGCUUCGCUGUUGAAGUCGUGCCGCAACAUGAUUCGUGAGUUCCUCGAGAGUCAGAAUGCCUACUAAAUUGGGUUUGAC